AUGGGUGGAAGACAACUGAGAUCCAAGCCUGAAUGCAUUUAUAAGAACCCUCCGUCAGUUCAAGAUCAAGGAAGACCUCCGGAGUGCCCUGGAUUCGAUAAUUGCCUACUACUGCAGUCAGGAAAAUCACCAAACAGAGCAGCAAGCGCACCCAGCAUUGAUUACCAUUAUCCCUCAAAGUCUCAUCGCAAGAAGCGUAAACGUGCGAAUGAACCCCAAGGUUCGAAAGACAAUUCUACAACAGAUACACAAGAUACGCACAUCGUGAGAGACAUAUUAUCGAAUCCGUCCAACCCAGGACCCGAAAAGCGACGAUGUCCUAAUAAUAUACCAGACAAGCAAGAAAGGCCUCCGAUGCUGGCACCCUUCGGGGACGUACAGAGCAGACAACCAGAAACAUUCUCGAGCGACGAACUUGUCAACUUUCAUACUACAACCCCUGACAGGUAUCUGGACCGGGAUUUAGGCUCCUUCCAACAAGCAAUGACAGAGACUACGACACCGUGCUCAUAUCCCCAGUUUGCUCCACCUUCUCCAGUAGACACCAUUGUGCCAUCUCAUAAUCCACUGUUUGUCCCGCCAACCUCAUUGGACACAACAGUCUUUUCCCUUUACCCUCAAUUUUUCCCUCCCGAUACCGUGAUAUUCUCGGAAAAUCGACAAUUUAUCCCACCGGACUCUACGGUUGAGCUUAUCUCCUCUUCUUUCAAUGUAUGA